UCGCUAUAGAAACCCCGUGUUUGUUGGCAGCGCCGCAACCUGCUGGCCUGCCUGCUCCUCAGAGAGGAUGAGAGAAAAGCCCUGCAGCCUUUUGAGGAUGUUUUGUUCCCAGCCUCACCAUGUGCUCAAUGACGGAUGCUAUCUUGAAGGAAACCCUGGAGCCUCUGGAGCAGAACGCUUCUGACCACUUGAGCGCUUCCAUCAACACCUUCAGGAACUCACGUGCAGAGGGCACCCAGCCCUCGGCCAACGUGGGCCUGCCCCAGGAACUGCUCAAGCGCCACUUGCCCCAGUGCCACCGCACAUGCCCUGCCUACGCCACGCACACGGCCCCGGUGGUGAAGAUGCUGGUGGAGCAGGAUGGGAGGAGAAGGGCCACAGCCACCUGUCCCAUAGCCACCGAGCAGAGCACAGCAUCACCGGGAGCUGCUGCUGCAGGGACAGCCCCAGUGCCACCCACAGAGAACAGAGGCAGCAGCUGUGAAGAGGAAGAGGGCUCCGUGGGGAAGGCAGAGCCUGAGAGCAGCUCGCCACCACCAAGUGCUUGCAGUAGGGUGAUCUUUGCCAGAAAGGCUCCGUUGCGCGUGGCACCGUGCAACAAGAAGAAAUGAGCCCCGUGCAGCUGGGAACAAAGGGAACACGGAGAAUCUCUGCUGGUUUCCCAAGUGCAUUAAACCACACAUGUAAACAGCACUCUCAGCUUUCGGAGCCUUUUCCUAAAAGCCCCAUUGGAAUGAAAGAUAAGCACAGAAGGGGGUGGUGCUGCAUUUUGCAAUCGUCUGCUUCCAGCUCUGGACAAAACUCAGCUGUGCAGCCAGCCUUGGCUGCCGGGCAGUGCCCACGGUGGGUGCAGGGCAGGGCAGGAUGGAGACAUGGAUGCCAGCGCGCCCACACAGACCAGCACACAGAGCCCUGUUCUCUGCUCCACUGCAGCUCAUCCCCCCGCUGGCACCGCAGCCUUGCAUGCCUCUGGUGGGGGCUGGGCUGGGGGUAACAGCCCUGGGGGGCUCUGUGCAUCCAUGUCUGCAUCCCAGCGAGAUGUGGGGCAGCUGUGCAGAAGAUGCACUGAGAAAAUCUGUGCCCCCCUCUCUUUUUGGAGCACAGACCAGAAGGGAGCAGGGCUGACUGCUUGCAUUGAGAACUUUUCUUUGCACGUACCAGAUGAUGCAUAUGUAUGUAUAUGCUUCCAUACACACAUGUAUAGAUACAUUCAUGCACAACUGAACCAAAAGCAAAGCAGCUGCAGAGCUGAGUGUGCAGCAGGUGGACGAGCUGCUUUCCUUUCUCUCUCGCAGCUGAUGUUGUCUCUGAUGACAGAGAUGCUAAGGUCAGAAUUGCAAUGUGAGACGUGCUGUGCGUUGCUGCCCAGAUCUUUCUGUAUUCACACUUCAGUCACCCUAUCUCUACAGCAGUGACUGAUGCGUUGGUACCAGGCAUGUCAAGGCUGCUGGAAAAAUGCUCUGAGGGAGCAGCUUUCUGCAGUGCCAUGGCUGGAGGUAGAAGAGCUUCGAGGAACCCAAUGGUUUAUCAAAAACAAGAGUUGGAAAUGCGUUGUGUCUUCAGCAAAGGUGGAAGUGCUCCCCCUCUAUCAGUGAAGGAGUUAGGACAACCUGGGAACAGGUGAAUAAACAAGUUGUGAAAAGUACCCGUAAGGAAACAAAAUGAAAACAGAAACCACGCUGUCUUCGGCAAUUCUUGACGACCCGGACCCAAAGAGCGGUGCCCAUGGAGCUCGUUGGCUCACCCCUAUCGGCGACCCGCGCCCACCUGCGAUCGACCCCCGCCAACCUCCUGCCCGCCAUCAGCACCAUGGCUUCCAGCUACAAGAACCAUUUCCCCUAUUACCCCUUGCCCCAAACGUUCAACCUGCCCUGGCUGCCCAGCUCCUACUACAGGACGGCUACCAACAACCCCACCUUGGCUGCCUUCUCCGGAGGUGCCCAGGGGCUGGUCCCCAGCAAGAUGCUCCCGUUCGUGUCCAACAGGACGUCCCUCUUCACCCGCUACACCCCGGACGACUGGUACCGCUCCAACCUGACCAACUACAGGGAAUCGGAGACCUCACGGCACAACUCGGAGAGCCUCAGGGUCGACACCUCCCGCCUGAUCCAGGACAAGCACCAGCAGACGAAGAAAACCCAAAUGGAGAGCACCAAGAACCUGGGAGAACGUGUCAAUGACAUUGAGUUCUGGAAGUCGGAGCUCUGCCAUGAGCUGGAUGAGAUGAUCGGGGAGACCAACGCGCUCACGGACAUGAAGAAGCGACUGGAAAGAGCCUUGGCAGAGACAGAGGCCCCUCUGCAGGUCGCUCAGGAGUGCUUGCUUCACCGGGAGAAGAGGAUGGGCAUUGACCUAGUCCAUGACAAUGUGGAGAAACAGCUCUUCACGGAGGUGGAUGUCAUCAGGUCGUGCCAGGACAGGAUGCAGCGCUACCUGGACAGAGCCAAAGCCCAGCUUGCGUCCAACAGAGCAGCCCAGCACGAGGUGGAGAGGGACCUAGCUGACAAGCAGACAGCCCACCGCAUCGAUGGCAAGUGCCACCACCUGCGGAACACCUCUGAUGGCAUCAGCUACUACCGCGGCGUGGAGAGGGUUGAUGCCACCAUCUCAGUGCCGGACUCGUGGGCCAAGUUCACGGAUGACAACAUCCUGUGCUCCCAGAGCGAGCGGGCGGCCUCGGCCAAGCUGCGGGAGGACACUGAGAACCUGCUGGUGGUGACUGCCAAUGAGAUGUGGAACCAGUUCAACUCCGUCAAUGUCGCCUUCACCAACCGCAUCGCCGAGACUGCCGACGCCAAGAACAAGAUCCAGACCCACCUGGCCAAGACACUGCAGGAAAUCUUCCAGAUCGAGAUGAGCAUAGAAAGCAUCCGUAAAGCCAUUAGGGACAAAGUGCCACCCCUGAAAGUGGCUCAGACCCGGCUGGAUGAGCGCACGAGGAGACCCAACGUGGAGCUGUGCCGGGACAGCGCCCAGCUGCGCCUCGUCAACGAGGUCCAUGAGCUCGAUGAGACCAUCCAGAGCCUGCAGCAGCGGCUGAGGGACGCCGAGGACACGCUGCAGACACUGGUGCGGGCCAAGGCUGUCCUGGAGCACGACCUGGCAGUCAAAGCCAACUCCCUGUUCAUCGACCAGGAGAAGUGCAUGGGGAUGCGCAGGAGCUUCCCCUGCACCGCGCGGCUGGUGGGCUUCGUCUAGGCUGGGAGGAGCCCCAAUCCCUAUGCAGGAGAUGUUCUCAGCUUUGCUAGGAUGACUUGAAAAUCCAUGACCACUCUUCCCGAUGAAAGUCCCGACUAGAAAUUAAAUGUUCACUCCGUGUGUUACGUGGUCCACUGGAUUUUU